GCCAUUGCACCAUCUUAUUAACACCACAAACUCCACUAACUGACAAAAUGUGGCGAAGGAGCUUCAGCAGCAGCACCGCCGCCACCACCGCGACUCUGAAGGGCAAGAAAUGGGACGCGCUGAUAAUCGGUGGCGGCCACAACGGCCUGACGGCGGCGGCAUAUCUCGCCCGGGGAGGCCUCUCGGUGGCGGUGCUUGAGCGGCGCCACGUGAUCGGCGGCGCCGCCGUGACGGAGGAGCUGGUUCCAGGGUUCAAGUUUUCGCGGUGCAGUUACCUUCAGAGCCUGCUGAGACCGUCCGUUAUAAAGGAGCUGGAGUUGGGGAAGCACGGUUUGAAGCUUCUGAAGCGCAAUCCGUCGUCGUUUACGCCCUGCCUCGACGGACGCUACCUUCUCUUAGGGCCCGACAAGGACCUCAACCACUCUGAGAUCUCCAAAUUCUCACUCGCAGAUGCUCAGGCUUAUCCAAGAUAUGAGAGUCAGCUUGAGAGCUUCUGUAAGUUCAUGGAUCUAGUGCUGGAUUCGCCCCCACCUGAAUCUGUGCACCAUAAAUCGUCUAUUAAUGAAAAACUGAAGAAUAAAAUACAGAAUUCAGUAUUUUGGGCAAGUUGUCUGCGGCAGGUGUCUUCCUUGGGGCAAAAGGAUAUGGUGAACUUUAUGGACCUUCUGUUGUCCCCAGCUUCUAAGGUUUUGAACAACUGGUUUGAGACAGAUGUUCUGAAGGCAACCCUUGCAACUGAUGCUGUGAUAGGCAGUACAGCCAGUGUCCACACCCCAGGAAGUGGCUAUGUGCUGCUACAUCAUGUGAUGGGCGAAACUGAUGGGGAACGAGGAAUUUGGUCAUAUGUUGAAGGUGGAAUGGGCUCAAUAUCCAAGGCUAUUGGUAAUGCUGCUAUUGAAGCUGGAGCUCAUGUUGUAACCAACGCUGAGGUGUCUCGGUUAUUGAUUGAAAACACUAGCACUGUCUGUGGGGUGACUUUGGCUGAUGGUACUGAAGUGCAUUCUUCAAUUGUUUUGUCUAAUGCAACUCCAUACAAAACUUUCAUGGAAUUAGUGCCCAACGAUAUCCUCCCUGAUGAUUUUGUUCGUGCCAUUAAGCACUCUGACUACAGUUCUGCUACUACAAAACUAAAUGUAGCAGUUGAUAAAUUGCCCGAAUUUCGCUGUUGCAAGUUAGAUCACCCACAUGCUGGCCCACAGCAUGUCGGCACAAUUCAUAUAGGUUCAGAAAGCAUGGAGGAGAUUCACUCUGCAUGUCAAGAUGCAGUAAAUGGAGUACCAUCGAGAAGACCGGUUAUUGAGAUGACAAUUCCCUCUGUACUGGACAAAACUAUUUCUCCACCUGGUAAGCAUGUGAUCAACCUGUUUGUGCAGUAUACACCCUACAAACCAUUGGAUGGUGAUUGGCAAGAUCAUGACUACAGAGAAUCGUUUGCACAAAAAUGCUUCAAGUUGAUUGAUGAAUAUGCCCCUGGCUUCAGCACAUCAAUCAUUGGUUACGAUAUGCUGACUCCACCGGACCUUGAAAGGGAAAUCGGUUUGACAGGAGGGAAUAUAUUCCAUGGAGCUAUGGGGUUGGAUUCCCUUUUCCUCAUGCGACCUGCAAAGGGAUGGUCAAACUACAAGACUCCGCUUCGAGGGUUAUACUUAUGCGGAAGUGGGGCACAUCCUGGUGGUGGUGUUAUGGGAGCACCUGGGCGUAAUGCUGCUCGUUUAGUUCUUCAAGAAGUUGGAGAAAGAACUUAAAGUGGUGAUACUGAGUUAUGAUUCUCACCCAAAUGGUUACUGCCUGCAAACUGGCUCGGAAAGAUGGCUAUGGCUCUUUCAUUGGAAUUAUAUGCAGUAACUAUUGCAAAAUUUGCAACGCGUCAGAUAGAAGAAUCAUCGUGACAAUGAUUUAUCAAUUUGGAUGAGCUGCAUAACAAAGAUGCAGAAACCUGUAAUGUGGAUUUCCGAACACUACAACUUGUAAUCCUUUUUGAUAAUUUGACUGCUGUUCAAUGCAUUGAUUCCAGUAAUUACUGUUUGACACAGGACAUCCAUGGUUGAUCAUGAAUAUGAAUUAUAAUGUGUAGGAAAGUA